CAGUAGAGCCGUGUGUCGCGGGUUCGGUUGAGGCUGCUGUAGUUCAUGCUUUAGUUUUCAUAAUGUGUUGAACUGAACCGAACUCAGCAAUUUCAAUUCGAUAGCAAUAAUUAAAAUAAUGAAGAGAAAAACGUCUUCAGGGAAGGUAGGGCAUGUAGUUGCUUGGAUUAACAAGGCGGAAUGGGACCAGGUUCUUGAAUAUUUAUACUCCAAAGACUGCAGUGUACAGAAGUAUGCUCUGCAAAGGAUAUCUGCAUGGAGAGGAAGGUACGGCAGCAGCACACCUGUCGCCGUGGAAAGCACAGCAGACCUGGUCAGGUGUCAGGUGGUGGACGCUUCUGGACGGGGCUGUACCGAUGAAUUAGUGCUCUUGUACGGCAUGGCUCUUGUAAGGUUUGUGAACUUAAUCACUGAACGGAAGCAGAAGACAAUCUCCAUUCCUCUGAGACGGCUGGCCAAUGAGAUGAACAUUCCAGAGUGGAUAGUGAACUUGCGCCAUGACAUAACUCAUGGGAAACUCCCCUCCCUGAAGUGGUGUAGGAAAGGGUGUGAGUGUGUUCUGAAGUGGCUGCGGCAGGAGUAUUGGUCCCGGCAGCUUGGAAGCAGCCUGGUGGAGCAGUGGGACUCCUCCACUGAGGAGGACGAAGAGGAGGAGGAAGAGGUCACUGAGCCGCACAAGAGAUUCAAACACAAAGAGAUCUACGAAAAAGCUAGAGAAUUGUUGGUGUCCUAUGAAAAGGAACAGUUUCAGAGCUACAGAGAGCAAGUCCAUUUUCAUCUGCUUAUUAUCUUUAUAUUGGGACCUGCGCUCCUGUGCUGUACAUUUGUUGGACACAUGAUUGUAAGGCGCAGUAACUUGAGGAUUACUUAUGCCUACAAAGAUGAAACUCACCUUCCUGAGCAUAAAGUCAAAAUUCUGGUGCAAGCUGAGAAGCCACGAGAAAGGCAAAGAUCUCAAAAGGCUUUCACAGACCUGGAGGUCCUAGCUGAACUGCAGAAGGAGAACAAGGCAGAGAAGAUGAUGUGGCCCUGGUCCUCCUCUGAGCUGGAGUGGAUCAUGAUGCAGAUCAAAGACUUUGCUCCUGAGAACAGGGAGGCUCUGGCUGAAGUGCUCCUGGAUGAUGGAUUUCUCAUCCCAACCGCAGAACAGCUGGAAUCCUUACAAAUCCACCCUUCAGAGAAUUCUGAGUUGUCGAUGCCGUGCGUCCCUGGUGUGUUCGUUCAGUUCUGGCACCCCCUGCUGAAGCUGUUGCACUCCCAGGUGUUCACCCAGGUGUUGCUGGAGAAGCUGUUUGCUGAGCUGCAGCUGUGCGCAGAGACCUCUGCACACAGGACACAGUACAUCACAGGCUGGAUCACUGACAUCCUGACCUACAAUAACAGAGCAGGAAAAUCGCAGAAAGGUCUCUCUCGCAGCCAGAAGGAGACCAGGAGUAAAUGCCAGCUGUUUGCGAACCAGGUUCGACUGCAGUGGCAGAAACUCCUGACAUUGUGUCUGGCAGCCCCAUGCCUGGCCUCCCCCUACCUGUUGCAGCAGAUCCUGACGGACAUGGAUAAGCCACUCCCCCUCGACACACAGCAGCGACUGCUCCACUUGUGCUGUAUCUACACACAGCCAGGAGAGGGCGCCAUCCCUUCAAUGGACACUGACCAGUGGGAGGAGGAGCCAGUCCACACUGUGGAGAGUCUGCAGAGGAGGGUCAGGCAGGAGCUGCCGCCCAGAGCCAGGGUCCCAGUGCCCCAGCCAGCCAGCCCAGCCUCUCGACUCAACGUAGGGGAGCGAGUGACUGUUCAGGAGCCCUCACAGGACCUCCAUGAGCAGCUGAGCCCAGAGAUCAUAGCUGAGAGAAUGGCAGCACUGAAAGGGUCACCGUGGCAGAUAUGCACAGAUAAUGUGAAAUGGAAGGAUUUCCCUCUUGGUAAAGUGCCUGGCCAGUCUGAUGACCCCAGCUGUCUCCUGCUGGACAGUUACUCCACGAUGUCUGUGCUGGAGCAGCCUGUGGACGUGGAGCGGACAGCCCUUCGCUGUGCAGCCCCCAGCCGUGGAAUCUCGGAAGGCCUCCUGUGGACACAAAGUGAUCUUCACAAACUAAAAAGUGGCUUGCAGCUUUUCUAGAAGGAGAAAUACUUCAUUCACAGGCAGAAGGGGGAAAUGUGUGCUCUGAAUACAGCAGUUGCACAGAGCAAUGCCUUCUACAGCCGGGGGUUUCCUACACAGAAACAAGCCUGGCUGCAACAGUGACUCCAGAUUCCACUCUUCCUCGUGCUGUAAAACCUGGCUUGCUUGUUCUCUGGCAGCCCUGCAGACUCUUGCAGAUUUACCUGAUUUCAGGUAAAUCUGUGUACUUAACACCUUUCUGUCGUAACAAUGCUCUGAAGCUUUUUUUAUAGGACACUUGAUGCAGUUGUGCUUGAUUUAAAUUUGGGAAACAGAUUCUUCGACAAGCCUAGCUUCUAACGAGACAGUACUAUCUCUAAGAAAAUCCCACCGCGAUGUUUUAAGACUGCACAAUAACAUUUUGCUAUUUAUUUGCUGUUGUCUUGGUAUAGUUUAGGUGCAAUCAAUAAAUUACAUUUCCCCCUUUAUUGCCUUGUUUGCUGUGCCCUGAAAUACCUACACUAUGGACUUAUGAAAAUACAAAUUGUCCAUCUGCUAAAUUGCACACAUGCAAGGCGGCCCAUUGAGUUGUUUUUGAUGUUUAUGUUUGCUGAUGUUUUCUGAGGAAGACCAUUGAAUUUCACCAGCUGCGUUUUUGUUUGUUUUGUUUUUUUGUUGUUUUUUUUUACAAGAACAUUGUAUUUACUGUACCUGUGGUAUUUAAAUGUUUUCAUUUUCUUUAAUACAAGUUUAACGUGAAUGGUAAUAAAGUAAUUGACUGUCAACAAACUUUUAAAUAACAUCUUGUCAGAUAUUGGCAUGUGAGUUUAUAACACCCUAGUAGAACUACUGUUUUUAUUAUUAUUAUUAUUUGUAUUUUUGUGUUUUCUUUAACAACAUGAUGAAAAAAAUGUUUGAAUUGUUUUAAAAAAACAGAACUGAGAAUAAAGCCUUCUUAA